CAUGUAACGAGUGUUGUUGGAGAUAGGGAUUCAUUAAGGAGAGAUAAUGUGACGCUUUCUUCCCAACGUAAUAUUUAUAGCUGUGUGCAGUAGGGUUGAUGACGUUCGAUAGUGCCGAUAUAAAGUGUUGAUUGCAGAAUGAACUUCGUAAAUCUGAAGCUAUUUUUAGUUUCUCAAAGAGAAAUCACGUCGUGAAAGAUUAUCAGAUAGAAUGGAAUCGACGAAUGAUGAGGAAAGCUCUGAUCUUAUCAGUUGUGACGAAUUAGACAACAGCCAACUGGACCGAUUAAGCGUUCAAGUCUCUUCGUUGGAAAAACUGGUUGAUUACUGUGCGGAGGAAUUCAGUGGAGAUGUACCAGAGCCUUUUCUUUCAAAUGCUGUGUUCAUGACACACAAAUGGUUUAUUUCAUCAGAGGAAUUACUUAGAAAGUUCAUGCAAAGGUACUCAGAUCAUUCACUUGUGAAUAGUGAACACAUCAGGAAAUUUAAAAGAAGUAUCUGCUCUGCUGUUGGAUUUUGGAUAUCAAAUUACUGCUCUGACUUCAAAAAAGAUGAAGAACUCACUUUACUAGUAAAGGAAUUUAUGGAGGAAGUGGAAUGCGAGGAAGAGAAGAAAAUCAUUCAUCUGUCCAACAUAUGUGCUGAGGAGCUGAGAAAUCGCACCCUGAGUGCUGAACAUCCACCAUUGGAUCAACGAAAAAGUUCUUUGGCAUUCAAGGACUUAUCAGCCCACACUAUUGCAGAGCAGUUGACUUACCUUGAAUAUAGAAUGCUACGCAGAAUACCAUUUUCAGAGUGGAAGACUUAUGUUUGCACUGGGAAGUUAAUGAAUACGACUUACCUUGAGAGAUAUGUGGCACUAUUCAAUGGUGUAUCAAGAUGGGUGCAGGCCAUGGUUCUGAACUGUGUUACACCUCAGGAGAGAGCUAUAUGUAUGGAGAAAUUCCAACAAACAGCUAGGCAUUUAAAGGAACUCCAGAAUUUUAAUGGCUUAAUGGCAGUGGCAGGUGGACUAACAAACACAGCAUUAUCUCGCUUACGGCAAACUCAAGAGUUACUCUCACAAGACUGUAAAGAGUACCUUAAGCUGUUAAUGGAGUUAUUGUCUUCAGAUGGAAACUAUGCAUCCUACAGGAAAACUUUAAACACGUCUACUGGAUUCCACAUCCCUAUUUUAGGCAUUCAGUUGAAGGAUCUCAUCGCACUGCAAGUUGUUUUACCUGACAGUGUUGAUGGACACCUUCUUAAUUUGCAAAAGAUGGUGCGUCUGUCACACAUCAUGUCACAUGUGCUGCUGGUUCAAAACACUGCACCAUCAGUACAACCAAAUUCAGAACUUAUUAAAAUGCUGCGGGUGUCAUUGCAACCCAGAGUCACUGAGGAAGAGUUAUAUGAAUUAUCACUUGCUAGAGAACCAAAGAACCACACUCAUUCUAGCUGUGGCAGUCUCGGAAGUGUAGAGUCAAAUACUGAACAAGGUGUGAUGUUUGCUGAUUGGGCAGCUGGACUAUUGAACACAACGCCUGACCCUCAGACAACUGAGAGACAUGUCUCAUCCAUGGUGGAGGCUGUCUUCAAAAUUUAUGACACAAACAAAGAUGGUUCAAUAUCAGUAGAGGAGUUUGAUGCCAUAGCUACCAAUUUUCCCUUUAUUGAUUCAUUUGGAGUUCUGGACAUUAACAGUGACGGUGUUAUCAGUCGAGACGAGAUGAAGAACUACUUCAUGAAAGCAAACUGUCACGAACUAAGCAAGGGCUUCUCACACAACUUUCAAGAAACGACGUACUUCACACCAACCUUUUGUGACCAUUGUGCUGGCAUGCUGUGGGGAGUCAUCAAGCAAGGAUAUAGAUGUAAAGUUUGUCAUAUCAAUUGUCACAAAAAUUGUAAAGGAGAAAUAGUUAGAGGAUGUCGUCAAAAACCUUCGUCACAAUUGAAUGGAAUCGAUGGUAAAUCUCUUCAUAAGUCAGAGACCUUACGAAUAACGAAAUGGAAAAACAAAAUGAAGCUUCAAAAACACUUAUCUGAGGAUUCACUUAAGUCUGUUAACGGCGAGUGUGUUAAUGUCCCAGUAGAUCAGUACAAAAAGCUUCUUAAUGCUCAACAGGAAAAUGAAGCACUCGUGGCGGAGAAUGACCGACUUCAAAAGGACUUAGAAACCACUACGCACAAGUUAAACUUGUUACAAAAUCAUUUGAACUCUUUGAGGCAAAAUACUGUGACCUUUAUUUUGGAUCAAAUGGACGCUCUACAAAUGCAAAAGGAUACAGAGGUAUAGCGAAGGAAUCAUACGUGAAUAGCAAUGAUUGACCGACACAUCGACCCGUUAGUCAAUGUAGUUGUGCAGUAAUGAAAGAAUGCAUGAUACAGUUAGAGAAAGGCUGAAGUCACUGGAGAUAUUUGGAAACAUUUAACAAGGCGAUUUAGUUGGCAUGACUUUCGCAUAUCAUUGCGAAAAGUUUCAAGUCUUCUAAGGUGGAUUUCUCUUUUUCCCUCUAGUUGUAUUAUACAAACUCCGCGAUGUUAUGACCCCGUCCCGUCCCGUCCCGUCCCGUCCCGU